GCCAAUGAUGUCAUCUAAGUUUGAAUUUUAUAUUAAUGUCAGAAAAAUUAAAGUAGGAAACUACGGAAAUUUAUAAAAGAACAGUAAAUCUAAUAAACACCAUGGAGCAAUUAGGAAAGAAAUAUGGGAGACCCGACGUUGAGAGAGUCGGUUUAUUCAGCGAAAUGCCAUACAUGAAUGGCACAGGCUACGUUUCACCAUUUCCAAAACAAAGAGUCGAAAAAGGUAAAAAUUUGUUAGCUGGAGGUCCGAAAGUCAAAGCUGGCUGGCAAGAUUGCUAUUUUGAUAAAGAGUUUAAAAGAUUGUUUACUGGGGAAGCAAUCAAAGGCCGUGGCCUGAAACCACCACCGCCUAAAUUUAAAAACAUAUCCCAACGACCAUUUGUACCUGCCGGAGAAACCAAGUGGCAUGGCACUCCUGGCGAUUGGUACGGUACCUUUGGGGGACGAGUUGAAGCAUUGGAUACUAAGUUGAAACCUCAACCACCAUUCAAGCGCGAGCCAGGUAACCUCCUUACUAGUCCAGGAAAGAAGGGCGGUUAUGGCUACAACAAUAUAUGUAUUAAUCCGUAUCCCGAACAUAGUGUGGAGAAGUAUGGAGUACAACCAAAAUAUAAAGAUUAUGGUCGGAAACUGGAUGGCCCACUAGUUUUAGGAAUGCAUUCCAAGUCCUAUUUUGAAAGAAAUCCCUUUAAAGAACCUGACAAAUUUAAACCUGGGCCAACCUAUGUUCGGCCGGUAGAAAAAGAACGGCCAUUCUUACCACCUGGAAAGUUCAUACCAAAUGGACCAGGAAAAUGGCCUGGUGGCUGCCAUGCGGGAUGUUUUGAUAAAUACCCAGAAUACAAACCAGAAAAAUACGUAUCCAUAUAUGAACUUACAAAACCAAAAAAACGUACUGGUGGAAAUUUCUUCCCUCAAUCAUAUGCAGAUAAGUCCUUUUAUUCAUGUUCGGUAAUAAAUGAAAAUGUUCGAUUCAGAGUGAACGAGGUUAAUUAUAAAUCGUACGAACCUACUUUUAUAAAGCACUUAGUGAAAUAGUAUUUAUAUGAAAAUUAAACAGAAAACAGUCUUGGCCUUAUUUUAGUUUAAUAUU